UGGCAUCCUAAGCUCUCGCAACCCAUCUGCUUCUAGCCAGUGAUGUAAAUGUACCAGCUGUUUGUAAAGAACCACUCUGUGUAGUGCAGGAGGCUGGUCCCUUUACCUUACAUCAGCCUGCUUCCCAGCAUAAGUCACUGUCUCGCCAUCCAUGCUGGCUGCAUUGUCUCUAAACCUUCCACAUCUCUACCAAUCUGACAUCCAAAUGAACUAAUCCUCUUACAGGUCAAUGAUUUUUUUUUUCUUCCUGUUCUCCAGCGUUGCUUUAGUAUGACAUUUCAAUCAUGACGUGCUACAUCUGAUCAAACCAAGCAGCAAAACCAUCUGAGAAUAACACUUAUCUAUCAUAGAAGCUGGAAGCCUUUUUUCGUGUAAUAGCAGCGAAAGAAAUUGGUGAGGAGGAAGCCAUAUCCACGCUGUGCUCAAAAUGAAGGCUCUUCUGUUAUUGGUUCUACCUUGGCUAAGCCCUGCCAACUAUAUAGACAAUAUGGGCAAUCUACAUUUCCUCUAUUCUGAACUGUGUAAAGGUGCAUCACACUACGGCCUUACUAAAGAGCGGAAAAGACGUUCACAGGAUGGCUCCCCAGACUGCAGCUCGUCCCUAGACUUAACCGUAGCAGCAUUGUCUUCUGAACUAUCAGCUGCCUCAGCUGCAGCCUUAGUACCUGAGGAAACGGGUCAGGAUAACCCUGUAUACAGCUCACCCACAGGAGACAGCCAUUUGGGAAGUGCAUCUGAAGAACAUUGCAGAAUUAAUCGGAACAGGAGUCGUAACUUUGAGCGCACCACUGUCAGGAGUCUGUCAUUUAAGAAGCUGAACCGGGCUCUCAGCGUACUGCGAAGAACGAAGAGUGGAAGUGCUGUUCUGCAUUCCUCUGACAGGGACCAUGGGAUCCUGCAAAAUGCAAAUGUCACAGAAGAUUGUAUAGUACUACCAAGUCUGGCCCACCUUAUUCCAGAUGGAGAAAUUACUUGCAUUAAAAUCAAUCGCUCCGACUCGAGUGAAUGUCUUGGCAUCAGGAUCGUUGGUGGGAACGAAACUCCUCUGACUCAGAUAAUCAUACAACACAUCUACCAAGAUGGGGUCAUUGCUCGAGAUGGGAGACUUCUUCCAGGAGAUAUGAUCUUAAAGGUGAAUGGCCUCGACAUCAGCAAUGUGCCUCACUAUUAUGCACUUUCCAUCCUCAGACAGCCCUGCCAGGUGCUGAAGCUUACAGUUCUCAGGGAACAGAGGUACAAAUGUAGAAGCAAUGGUAUCAUCACAGACUCACAUUCCCCUCGGGAUGACAGCAUACAUGUUGUGUUAAGUAAAAGCAGCCAAAAUGUGCAGCUUGGGAUGAAGUUGGUCCGAAAAAGAGAUGAGCCUGGAAUCUAUAUAUUUAACUUACUGGAAGGAGGAGUAGCAGCUCGAGAUGGUUAUUUGCAGGAAAAUGAUCGGGUUCUGACAAUUAAUGGCCAUGAUGUACGGAACGGGACCCCAGAAAUUGCAGCUCAACUCAUACAGGCCAGCGAGGAAGGGGUUUACUUUGUUGUUUCACGACAGACCAGACAUCAGACCCCUGAUAUCUUACAGGAGGCUGGAUGGCAUAACAACAGCAGCCCUCCAUCAUGCCCCAGUGAGAGAAACCAUUUUAACAAGAAUACUAACCGAACAGUACUGUAUGUGGAGAAGGUUGUAAAUAUUGUUAAAGACCAUACAGAGUCAUUGGGCAUGACAGUGGCAGGCGGAGUAUCGAAUUGGGAGUGGGACCUGCCUAUUUUUGUCACAAGUGUGGACCCCGAUGGAGUUAUUGGGAGAGAUGGAAGAAUAAAAACAGGUGACAUUUUACUGAAUGUCAAUGGUGUAGACCUAACAGGAGUCAGCCGUAGUGAGGCUGUGUCACUAUUAAAAAACUCUUCUUCCUCAUGUGUGGUUCUGAGAGCCCUGGAAACAAAAGAGUACGAGCCAGAGGAAGACAUCAGCAGCAAUUCCUUGCUUAUGGAGCCAGUCCAAAAUGGCUUUGAGAACAGAGAAUGGUCACCAGUCUGGGUCAUGUGGCUGAAGCUGCCUCGGUAUUUACACAGCUGCAGAGAAAUCGUGCUGAGGAGGAAUACAGCAGGGAGCCUGGGCUUUAGCUUUGUAGGAGGUUCGGAGGAUUGCAACCAGAACAAGCCAUUCUUUAUUAAAUCCAUACUGGAGGGCACCCCUGCUUACAACGACGGAAGAAUAAGGUGUGGUGAUAUACUCAUGGCUGUAAAUGGGAGAUGCACAUCGGGAAUACCCUAUAACCUCCUAGUAAGGAUGUUAAAAGAACUGAGAGGAAGAGUGGUACUUACCAUUGUGUCAUGGCCCGGGUCCUUCUUGUAGUGCGUCACUGACACUUAUCUUACAUUCCACAUGACGUUUUAAUUCUCACAUGUUCUGAAUACCGGUAUUAUGUACAUUUUUUUUUUAAACACUUGUUUGUCAAUGGGUUGUAAAUGAUCACAGAUGUGUUUCUCAUGCAUGCAAAAAAAAAACAAAAAAAAAAAAAAUGUGUUCUUAUUA